AUGAGCCGAGAACUCGAAAGCGCCCAGCAAACCGCCGCCCUUGCGCAAGAUGCCGAGACAUUAUCUCGACUGUGCGCGGUAGACACUUAUCUCAACACAUUCGCCUCUCCGCCGAAGUCAGCAACGGAAUUGAGAGAUUACCGGAUCGUUCUCCUUACGAUCGACCGCCAAAGGCCAACACAUGGUCGCAAGGGCACGCAAUCCCGACUCGUUCUCCGCAUCCCGACUCGUUCUCCGCAUCCCGACUCGUUCUCCGCAUCCCGAACACGAUUAGAAACACAAAUCUCGCCGAAAAUCCUAAGUGUCGGCGAAAACAACCGAAGCCGAUGGCAAUCGCAGCCCAAGAAAGUCAGGGGGGGAACAGUGAACUGCCGAUCAGCCCGAAAUAUAAGCGUCUGUCACUACCCGAGUUCCUCAUGCUCAACGAAUGUCUUCGUCUUCCACCCUCUCCCCAACCCGAAUUCCUAA